AUGGUCCAUGAGCUCAUUGUGUUGUUACUCCCGGUGCAACCCAUUGUGGCAACUGCCACUGGGGUGGAAAUGGUUUCCGUUGUUUAUUCGGAUCUGGCCAACGAAUGCCCCCCUGACGAACUAGACGCCCUAUCGGCAAUGCAUAAGUCCCCGAUCCCGCCUAUCGACAACGGCUCGCAACUCUACAUUUGCUACCUUAUGCUAUUAAGUGAUGCCGUGGAAAGAUCUCAAGUGCGCCAGCUCCUCGCGGAGCUGACGGUGCUCAACCGCCGUCUACGUGAGGCGCAAAAUGCCUACCAGGAUCUGGUAAACUCGUACCAGGAUCUCGUCGAGACCUUGCUCGCCGUGAUUGAGACCUCUAAGGGCAGGUUUCACAACUGGGGAUAUGUCAUUUAUCGCACGACCUACUCUGCCGAAUCGAAUGCUUCUUUCCCAGACAUUAUCAGGUUCAUCGAGGCCUGUAUUAAAAAGCAGUUUGUGAGCGCUGGCGCUGAUCGUCCUCGAAAUUAUGUCUCCGAAGAUUGGCCUAAGUACCGAUCGACGAUUAUGGAAGACCCUGCACAAUUCCAAGGAGCAUCUCUCGACGAAAUUCGCACUCAUUUUGGAACAUGGGUGGAUGCGCAAGGCAUACGAGAUAAAUGGACCAAGUUUCGAAUGUGCAUUAUAAUUGAUGAAGAAUCUCUACAAACGCUGAAAGAUGCAACUGUGGCGGAAACUGAAACAGAGAAUUUCCAUGAGCCCUUAAGAUAUGUGAAGGUUCUUGAAGCAUUCCCGGAUAUCGAUCAGUAUGAUAUUUUCCCCGGAUGGAUGAAAUGUUGGACAUAUGCGCUAUGGAGUCUCUGGGAGAAUAUGCAGGAUGGCGACGAUAUGAAGAUGCAACAUGCAUUCAUCGAAGAGGAUGACCCGUGGCCGGAUGUUUAUAUCGGGUGA